AUGGCGUCGUGGUUCGGUGCCGGCACGUCGGCCAUGGACGAACAGGUCGAGCGAGCAACCUCAAGCAGCUUAGAGGACAUUGCCCUCAAUCUGGAAAUCACAGACCUGAUCCGAAGCAAGACCAUCCCGCCCAAGGAGGCAAUGCGCUCGCUCAAGAGGAGGAUUGCCAACAAGAACCCAAACAUCCAACUGGCCGCCCUGAACCUGACCGACACCUGUGUCAAGAACGGCGGAGAGCACUUCAUCCAAGAGAUCGCCUCGCGCGAGUUCAUGGACAACCUCGUCUCCUUCCUCAACACUCCGCUGAACGAUGAGGUCAAGACGAGGAUCCUUGAUCUGAUCCAGUCUUGGGCUACUGCCGCUACCGGCCGCUCCUCUCUCGGCUACAUUGACGAAACAUACCGCUCCUUGCAAAGAGAAGGCUUCCGCUUUCCUCCCAAGACCGACGUUGCUGCAACCAUGUUCGACAGCAGUGCUCCACCCGAGUGGGCCGACUCGGACGUCUGUAUGCGCUGCCGAGAACGCUUCACCUUUACCAACCGUAAGCACCACUGUCGAAACUGCGGAAACGUCUUCUGUGGUCAAUGUUCGGCCAAGUCGAUACCCCUCCCCCACCUCGGCAUCCUGCAACCCGUUCGCGUCGACGAUGGAUGCUACGCCAGGCUUACCGAGAAGUCACGCGGUACUCCCGUACCUUCCCACAUCAGCGCCAUGAAGCCUCCAACUUCUGGGCGUAUGCAGGCCCGCGAUCCCCGUGUUGCUGAAGACUCGUUCGACGCCGACUUGAAGCGAGCACUCGAAAUGAGCUUGGAGGAAUCAAAGGGCCACGCUGGCGCAGGAUACGUGCCACAAUCACAAAUGACGACGCCCAAGCCAGUUCAGAAGGCACCGACCCCAAAGAAAGACGAGGAAGACGACCCGGAACUGGCAGCUGCAAUUGCUGCAUCUCUGGCAGACAUGGAGGAGCAAAAGAAGAAACAUACGGCCAGCUUCAAGCAACAACACCAAGGAUCUAGCACACCCAGCGUCUACGCACCCAAGCCCAACAACGAGCUCACACCUGUUGAAGCCGAGAACAUUAACCUUUUCGCUACUUUGGUUGAUCGCCUGCAACACCAGCCACCAGGCGCUAUCCUGCGUGAACCUCAACUCCAAGAGUUGUACGAAAGCAUCGGUUCGUUGAGGCCAAAGCUGGCAAGGACAUACGGAGAGACGAUGAGCAAGCACGACACACUUCUUGACCUGCACUCCAAAUUGGCGACUGUUGUGAGAUACUACGACCGUAUGCUUGAGGAGCGUCUGUCCAACACAUACAACCAGUCUCGUUACGGGGCCCCUCGACCCCAGUCUGGCAUGUAUCCAUCCCUGUCCGCCGGUGUUGGAGCACCGCCGAGUGCUCCCAUGGGUGGUGUUGAGAGCUACUACAACAGUUCAGCCCCAGCCAUGGAUGCUCACGCCUACAACCAGAGUCCUUAUCCUACCUUCAACCAGCAUCAGCAAUAUGCCCAACAGCCGUACCCUCAGCAGGCUCCUCCCGAGGCUGCUUACCAACAACAAUACUCUCAAUACCCGCCCCACCAACAAGCCCCCAGCACUCCUCAUUUGCAACGACAACAAUCAUACUCGCAACAACCUCAACAAUACGCUCCUCCUCAACAGCAAAACCCUGUUUCUCCCUCUGAUCACCAGCAAUCUUACUCUGAGCCUUCUGCUCCUCAACCUGUGAGCCCAGAGUCGUAUUCUCAGCCCGCCCAACAGCAUCAACAACCCCCACCUCAAUACCAACAGCCUUAUCAGCAACAAGCGCCACCUCAGCAGCACCAACAAUAUUCGCAACCUCCGCAACAAUCUCAGCAGCAGCAGCAGUGGCCUCAGGCACCUUCCACGCAUAAUGGUUAUGGUCAAGAGAGUUUCCCUCAAGCACCUCAGAACGUCCCUGUCCAGCCAAAGGUUGAAGAAAGCCUGAUUGAGUUGUAG